CUUUUAGACGUUUUCAGACGCCAUUUACCUGAGGGUAUAAAUACAGGGGUUGAAGAUAAGGUCUGUUCAGUCCAGCACCAGCUUCCGUACAGGCGAGACCUCUCUUCGUGUACAGUGAUGACCCACGAACAGGAGGAGACUAAUGGAUUGGGUGGGUUAUGUGGGUGGGAGAGUGGGCCAGAUCCAGCCCACCACGCCCACUUCUUGAGGUCAGCCUUGGAACUAUUGGUCGAUAAGGCGGUCCUCCAAUCAACAGACAGGAAUUCCAGGGUCGUAGAGUGGGUUCAACCUGACGACCUAAAGAAACGUCUACACCUGACCUUGGAAGACGACCCGGUGACCCAAGGUGACCUGUUGAAGUACCUAGACGAGGUCAUUAGGUACAGCGUGAAGACAGGUCAUCCCUACUUUAUCAAUCAGCUGUUUUCCAGUUUGGACGUGUACGGUCUGGUGGGACAGUGGGUGACAGAUGCUCUCAACCCAUCUGUCUAUACGUAUGAGGUGGCUCCUGUCUUCACCCUGAUGGAGUUUGAAGUCCUGUCAGAGAUGGCCAAACACGUCGGGUAUGAGGAACACGAUGGAUUAUUCUCACCGGGUGGCUCCAUCUCUAAUAUGUAUGGCAUGUUGCUGGCCCGGUAUUAUCGCUUCCCUGAGAUCAAGAAACAAGGCAUCACCGGCCUUGGACGUUUGGUAGCCUUCACGUCCAUUGAUGCCCACUAUUCCGUGGUCAAGUCCGCCAUCACCCUUGGACUUGGUUCUGAUAAUCUGAUUCUCGUUAACGUGGAUGAGAACGGGAGGAUGGAUGUUAACCACCUUAAGGAAUGUAUUACCAAAGCCAGAGAAGAAGGGGGUGUACCGUUCAUCGUUUGUGCUACAGCAGGUACGACAGUGUUAGGUGCUUAUGACCCCAUCGAAAGAGUGAGUCAGGUGUGUCAAAUUGAAGGUCUGUGGUUGCACGUGGACGCCGCUUGGGGUGGUGGGGCGCUGCUGUCACCCUUACAUAAACACAAACUGCGUGGCAUUCACAGAGCUGACAGCAUUACCUGGAACCCACAUAAGCUCCUGGCAUCACCUCAGCAAUGUUCAGUCUUCUUAACACGCCACGUUGGUCUGCUGAAGGACUGUAACUCUGCCAGUGCUGCUUACCUGUUCCAGAGGGAUAAAUUUUAUGACACUUCCUACGACACUGGCGAUAAACAUCUCCAGUGCGGGCGAAGAGCAGAUGUUCUCAAGUUCUGGACGAUGUGGAAGGCUAAGGGCACAAAAGGACUCACCAAACAUAUCGAGAAGCUUUUCACCAUGUCCAAGCUCUUCGCUGAUAAGAUACGGUCAAGAGACGGGUUCACACUCCUCUUGGAACCUGAAUGUACUAAUGUUUGUUUCUGGUACGCCCCACCUUCCCUACGAGGGCAUGAGGACAACCCUGAUUACACCACACGUCUCCAUGCUGUGGCGCCACGGAUCAAGGAGAGGAUGGUGAAGGAAGGUACAAUGAUGAUAACGUAUCAACCUCUACGGGAGAGACACAACUUCUUCAGGCUGGUCCUUCAGAACUCUCAGGUUAAUGAAGAUGAUAUUGAUUACUUCGUCAGGCAGAUAGAGAUUCAUGGUAGUGAUCUAUAAGCGCCCCACAGUGCCACAUGACCUCAGUAAUGAGUAUAAUUGACCUCUUAGUGCCAUAGAGUCAUCUGGGGCUCUCAUUAUUGACAUCUAAAGCCCUCAUAGACUCUUGAUAUUGACCUCUUAGUGCCAUAGGGUCAUCUGGGGCUCUCAUUAUUGACAUCUAAAGCCCUCAUAGACUCUUGAUAUUGACCUCUUAAGCCCUCAGUGCCAUGGGGUCAUCUGGGGCUCUAUAAUUGACCUUUAACGACCAUUGACCCAAUUGGGUAUCCUAGUGAUGACCUCAACAAGCAUUAGGUAGUCAUGUGACCAUCAGAACUACCUUGGUAUAGUGCCUUUAGGGUGCCAUACGACCCUCAGAGUUUAAUAAAGACCUCGAGGCUUCUGUACGACCUCCAGAAGCCCCCACAACGACCUCAAGGCUUCCGAAUGAUCACUAAAUAACUUCAGAG